UCCGAGGCGGCCGGAGCUCCGGCGGAUGGGAGCUGCUGUUGCACAAUAGAAACAGGUCCUCGGCCAGCAUCACUCAGAGGGCAGCAGCCGCUGGAGGAGGUGCUGUCUACAAACCCCAAGAUGUUCUCCAGGCUACGAGGAGCUGCCACUCCCUGGGUGGUUGCUUGUCGCAGGGCACACACCAAGGAAAAAGGGAAACCACUGAUGUUAAACCCACGAACAAACAAGGGCAUGGCCUUCACGUUACACGAACGACAGAUGCUUGGGCUGCAAGGACUUCUGCCUCCUAAAAUAGAGACUCAGGACAUCCAAGCCUUACGUUUCCACAAGAACUUGGCCAAAAUGACUGACCCCUUGGAAAAGUAUAUCUACAUCAUGGGAAUCCAAGAGAGAAAUGAAAAAUUAUUCUAUAGGGUGUUACAAGAUGAUAUUGAGAGGUUAAUGCCAAUUGUUUACACACCAACAGUAGGCCUUGCCUGCUCCCAGUAUGGACACAUCUUCAGGAGACCAAAAGGCUUAUUUAUUUCUAUCUCAGACAGAGGCCACAUAAGGUCAAUUGUGAACAACUGGCCAGAGAAUGAUGUCAAGGCUGUAGUUGUCACUGAUGGAGAAAGAAUAUUGGGUCUUGGAGACCUAGGUGUGUAUGGGAUGGGAAUUCCAGUAGGAAAACUGUGUUUGUACACAGCCUGUGCAGGAAUCCAUCCAGACAAAUGCUUGCCUGUGUGCAUCGACGUUGGAACUGAUAAUCCAACCCUCUUAAAAGAUCCAUUUUAUAUGGGCCUGUACCAAAAAAGGGAUCGCUCACAGGUCUACGAUGACCUCAUAGAUGAAUUCAUGGAAGCCAUCACAGACAGGUAUGGUCAGAACACACUUAUCCAGUUUGAAGACUUUGGGAACCACAACGCAUUUCGCUUUUUAAGAAAAUACAGGGAGAAAUAUUGUACCUUCAAUGAUGAUAUUCAAGGGACAGCUUCAGUGGCCUUGGCAGGGCUUCUGGCAGCACAGAAAGCCACUGGGAAACCCCUCUCAGAGCAGAAGGUGCUGUUCCUUGGAGCAGGAGAGGCUGCCCUGGGCAUUGCAAACCUCAUUGUCAUGGCCAUGGUGGAAAGUGGAGUUUCUGCUGAGGAAGCCUACAGGAGGAUAUGGAUGUUUGACAAGUAUGGUUUGCUGGUUCAGGGCCGAGACCAAAAGGUAGAUUCCAACCAAGAACCAUUUACACAUCAGGCUCCAGAGCAGAUACCAAAGACAUUUGUAGAGGCAGUGAAUGUCCUUCGACCUUCAGCUAUUAUUGGAGUUGCCGGCGCUGGGCGGCUCUUCUCUCAGGAUGUGAUCAAAGCCAUGGCCUCUAUCAAUGAGAGACCCAUCAUCUUUGCCCUGAGUAACCCCACAGUGAAAGCUGAAUGCACAGCAGAAGAAGCCUACACGUUAACAGAGGGCCGUUGCCUGUUUGCCAGUGGCAGUCCCUUUGAGCUGGUGACUCUGCAAGAUGGGAGAACCUUCAAACCAGGCCAAGGAAACAAUGCUUAUAUUUUUCCAGGCGUGGCUCUGGCUGUGAUCCUCAGCAGUGUGCGACAUAUUAGUGAUAAGGUUUUCCUAGAGGCUGCUAAGGCAUUGGCAGAACAGUUGACUGAUGAAGAGCUUGCCCAAGGAAGACUUUAUCCUCCACUGUCUAAUAUCAGGGAAGUUUCUAUUUAUAUUGCUGUCAAGGUUAUGGAAUUUUUGUAUGCCAACAACAUGGCUUUCCACUACCCGGAGCCCGCUGACAAGAACCGGUACAUUCGCUCCAAGGUUUGGUCCUAUGAGUACGAGUCCUUCAUGCCAGAUGUGUAUGACUGGCCUGAGUCUAAAGUUCACUGAGGCAUCAGAAGAUCACACUCCUCAGGCAGUAUCUUCUACUCUGCAGGGAUCCCUUUUCCAGACCAACUGAAGUCGUGAUCUUUCAGUCGUGUAAUUUAUUUCCGCUCACUGCGUUGUCUUUUCUUCCCUGUUCUGCCUUGUUUUUCACAUGACAUAGAUUUAUUGCCCCCCCCCCCCCCCCCAAUUAUGUGGGUGAUGGCAUCUGUCACAGGAAUGAGGGAGCUCUCCCAAAGUAAUUGAAAUAAUGACAUUGCAUUUCUAACUCAGAGCCAGCCCCACACUGAAGAAUUCCAUGAAUGAUGUUUUUUAGCUGCCUGUGUUUGAUGAUGAACUGAAGCUCUCUCAUCACUGCUGAUUUCCAGCAUGAUUUCUUUCUGCUUUUAAUAAUCAGUCUUCUAAUUGUCCUAGUGAUGUCACACUCUGACAUCACCAGAGAGCCUUUGUCCAAAAAACAAAAGUCACUUUAAGACGUAUUUAACACUCUGAUGGGCUUUCUGUUUUGUCUGGUGGUUAAAGAUGUCCAGGCCUCCUUGUGGCAUUGGCUGCUCUGCUUCUUCCCCUGUGCUUUGAGGAGCACGUGUGGGACCUGCAGCAGUGUUUGUAUUUCAUCAUGUGAAGUCUGGUAUCAGGAAAAACAGGAACUAGUUAAAAUUAUCCUUGGGGAGCCUGAAAAGAAUAUUAAUCACUUAAUAGCUUUUGAAAACAAAGUGUUGCACAAUAAAUUCUAUCGUGGAAAGGCAGGAUCUGAAGUAAUCUGUGGAAAUCUUGUAGAGAUCUUACAAGGAGAUGAUCUGCAGUGGACUCCAAGGUGAUGUACCAAAGGAUCUUGGUUUCAUGGGUUGAUUUUAGUCCAGGUUCUGUUUCUCCUAAGCAAGUUGUUUUCUCCCUUGCUUACCCUUGUUCUCACCAAAAAAAAAGACUUGUGGGUGAUGUUUUCAUGGCAUCGCUGACUCAGAUGCUCCCAAGUGGGCUCCUUUGCCACUUGGGACAAACUCCCCCAGAGGCAGCUGGUGAAGCUGAGGCAGAAACUGUUUUACAGGCAGCUAUUGACACGCACAUUUACAGAGGGUCUGACCAUGUUCCUUGGGGUCUCAGUCCAGGAUCCUCAGCUCAGGUCGUGCGCAGCGAGCGCAGACGCGGAAAAUCACAUCCUUAGAAGCUCUGAGUUCAUCACUUCAUCUUCCUCACUCUCUUUCCAGGUUGUCAGGGGUUCCGUGUGGCAACAAAAAAUAGUGAGUUGACUUUUUCCUGGCAGUGAUACAGAUACCACAACGUGCAUUUCUUUAUAAAUGGAGCCCCCUCCCUUUACUUUGUAUUAGCAGGCAAGGACACGCAGCGAUGGGACAGGCUGUGACAUCUCUAAAUCUGGUCUCUGCAACAGGAACAGUGGUGUGGCAGGGACAGAAAUGAUGUGCUGCUCUCUAGUGAGGCAAAAAAGGACAAAACCAGGUAAUGAGAGAGAUGUAAAAGGGCUAUACUGGCAAACUUGAAGCCAGAAUCCAAAGAGAUGAAGAAGUCAAGCUUGCUCAGGAUUUAUCCGUGGCAAGCACCUCUCUCAUAUCCUCAUCUAUAUUGGGAAAUACAGUCUCCACAGAACAGGCCCAAAAUAGGACCAGGAAAAUAGUCUCUCCACCUCCUUAGACAUGGUCUUUGUCACUUACUGCCUAAUACCUGAUUUUAAAAUGAUGUUCAUGUGUUAGAGAAAAAAGAUCAGUGUACUUUGGGAAGGCUUUACCUGCAGAAGGAGAGAAGACUGAUUAUUUAAACACAGAAAAUAGUGAUGUGGGGCAAAAAGCUGCUUGUUCAACCUGUGGUAACCUGCUGCCUGGUGGGGCUUGAAAUGCUACCUUGCCAAGUUGGGCAACCUACCUGGUUUGCAACUUGUGUAUGUAAGUGUUUGUACAAAAAAGACCAACACACACAUAUGAUGUUUUUACAAAGAAUGCUUUCUUCCCCCCCCCAUCUAUUUUUGCUAUGCCUAGUUUUUAUUGUAUUUAAAUUCUUGAUCUCGUUGAGAAGUUAUUUAUUUAGUGUGCAAAUUAUUUUUACCUUCUGCCAAUUCAACUUGAGCAGAAGCUUGUUGCAGUGUGCCAGUGGGAGUCCUGCAUCCCUGGAUUCAAACACCUUGGGAAUGCACACUUCCUCACUUCUGCCAACUUACUAAUUAGGCAGAUGAAUAAUAAAAACACUCCAUGCACUGACCUUGUGUCCUGACUGAGAAUGAUCACAGAGGCAGGGCAGUUGGUCCCUAAAUGUUACAAAAUAAAGAUCUGUCUCCAUCUCUUCAGCAUCAUUAUUAUUUGAUUUUUUUUCAGGCAACAAGUGCAGUUGUGGUUCAGAAUCAGUGGGCAUUGAUGAGUACUCAGGAAAAGCUGGCACUUGGGAAAAUAGUCCUACCUGCUGCUGCAGGAGUUCUUGCUUUGGGGGAGAGUGGGUUUUGGUUCCCAAAGGGACCUUCUGUGCAGGAAAUUCCAGGGCUUGGUUGGUGAAGUGCAGUCCUUUCCCUUCCCUGCUGGCUUUAAGCAGAUGCCAAGAGGGACUGAUUGUUCAGAACUGACUGGCAAGUGGGAUUUUCCCAAGUACAAACGUUCCUGUGGAAUUCUACUGGAAAUCCCAGUGCACACGUGAGGAAAAAACAGACUUGAACCCACUGGGAGGCUGCAGCUACAGCCCUGCCCUGGGAGGGCUGUGGAUGUGUGGGAGCUCCAGAGUAGAAAAGGCCUCGCUGUCUCUCUCCCCUUCCCAGUUAGAGCAGCUCAGUGGUACCAGUUAGACUUGACCUCUCCACACACACCUGUGGAUGUACUUCAGGUUCUGUGGCUCAUCUCUUAACCUGCAAUAGCAACACGGAGGGAUUUGACCUCUCAUGGGUAGUGGUUGUUUGCCAUUAGCAACAGGUAACAUGUCAGCUCGUUAGUUCUAAGUGCAUUUCACUCUCCCUUUCACCUUUUUCAGAUGAUUUUUUUGAAAUCAAAUACAUAGCUACAUCUUCAGUUUUGUGUAUCCUUCAGAUCUGAUUCAUCUCUGAGUGAUUACAACUCCUAAUCUUGCUGCUUAGGAAGGAACCACAGCCUCUAUUUUUCAUAUCCUACUUAACCUGAUUUUUUUUUUUCCUAUUUGCUGGCUUCUUCAAAAACAUUUAGUGAUCUUGAUCCAUAUGGAAAAUUCUCUUCACCUGAUAUGGAGAGGGAAAAAGUUGUCAGCAGGAUGCAUUUCCUAAGGUCACAUAGUGAAAGUUAAGCUUACACUGUUCUUUAAAAACAGUCUGUCAGCUAAAGGGUGACCAAAGUUCCAGCUCUUCACACAGCCCUAGUGGCUUUUGCCCUCCCAAUAGUACAGAAGCCUGUCUUUUGUGUCUCUUCUGGGAGGAUACACUCUUGGAUGUACAGAACACUUCCCAGAGGAUGUAAAACUCCCACUGAGAUGAGUUGCUCAGUCUUUUCCAGGCCUGGUUCAAGACUUGUUUCCUUAACAUCACCAGGGGCAGGACUGGGCCUUGUACAGCAAUGUCUAAGGGAGGAGAAGAAGGGGAGCUCAGCUUUUCCUUAUUAAACAUGUGUGACCUUGGGCAAAGGUGUGACCAAGGUUUUUGUGUUCCUGAAAUAUAUCCCCGUGUGCCAGCAACUGGCACAUCGAGGAAGGCUAUUAAAAUGUUGUGCCUGAUAGAUUUUGAAACCCCAAAUGUGACUCCUGGUAGAAGUUCUUGGUUAUGGUUGUGAGCAGGGAUGUUUCGUGACCUUGUGUUUGGUUUCCAAGCCCAAAUGAAGCGACACUUCACACGCAGAUCAGUGUUCAACAGGUUUCCUGUGGGAGGUCUGUGUCUGUGGACUGUUUUGUUUUUUUCCAGCACAAUGUUUUGCAGGAGGGGGUAAAAGAACUCCUUCUGCCACCCCUUUGGUAGCAGCUGUAAGGAGAAGUGAAAACACCUUUUAGUUUUUCAUUCCUGGCCAUAUUUAGUGACUCCUGUAGAGGAAGAUCUGUGAGAUUCUUGGAUCAGACUGUAAGCACAGCACAGUUUGGACUCCCAGUCUGUCUCAGCUGCUCCCGAGUUUAAGAAAACCACUGUCAUUUUUGGACUCUUUUGAAAAGGAUGUGUGCUGCUCUCCUGUUUCAUAACAGCUGUAUGGAAUAGGCAGGGACUGGUGUUACACUGAAUACUGGAGCAAGGAGAAAAUCUGGAGCAAAGCUCUAAUUGCACCCACUUGACGGCGGGAUUUGAGCAAACUAAUUCAGUUGCCUCUGGUGAAGGGACAUCUCAUUCUGUAUGGAUCUACCUUGACCUACCUACCUGCUCCCAAAAUACACGUGGCUGUGGUUUGGAGAGCCUGCAGGUGUCCUGGGUGAGCCACGAGGAGAAUUCAGCCUGGUUUAAACCUCUGCUUCCAGCCACCGCUUCCCAGCUGGGUGAGGACGCAGCCUUCUCCAGAGGAACACGUGCUAACAGCCAGAUGGUCCGUGGGGAAUCCAGGUCCUGGUGGCACGGUUGGACCGUGCCUACAGCUCACCUACAAAGCUCUCUCACACCCCAAGUGUUGCUGGCAGUGCAGGAACCCUGUGGUGAGCAUUUAAAUCCCUGCACGCGAAGUACCGAACUCCCCCAGUACCUCUGACUUGGACUUACCCAUCCUUUAAGCACUUGUUUCUCUCAUGGAAAUAAAAGCACUUUUUAAGUCUACACGGACAUAGAAAGGUGGCCAGCUUGUCAAGAAGUGUCACCACCAUUUAAAUUUAUUACUCACUGAAACAUACCUACCUGGCACAGUGAAACGUAGGUCUCCUGGAGUGCUGUGGGAACAGUUUGGACCCUCCCUGAGCUGAGCUGAAACUGAAAUGGUAUUUAAACCUGAACUGAUUGGAGUUUUUUUUCCCCCCUCCUUUAUAAUGUUGUAAACUCUAUUGAAAAUGUGUAUUCUGGUCUUCUAUUUUCUUAGUAAAAUGCAUUCCCUUUGCCUAAA